GCCGCCGCCCCGCCGGGGGGGGCGCAGCCCCGCACCCCCCGCGCUCCCGCCAUGCCGGAGAAGCGGCCGUUCGAGCGGCUGCCCGCCGACGUGUCCCCCCUCAACUAUGGGCUCUGCCUCAAGCCGGACCUCAUCGACUUCACCUUCGAGGGAAAGCUGGAGGCCGCCGUGCAGGUGAAAAAUGCAACCAACCAAAUCGUGAUGAACUGCGCCGACAUCGACAUCAUCACCGCGUCCUACGCCCCCGAGGGAGACGAAGAGGUUCACGCCACAGGGUUCAACUACCAGAACGAGGAUGAAAAGGUCACUCUGUCCUUCCCCAGCACCCUGCAGAAAGGGACAGGGACACUAAAAAUCGAUUUUGUGGGGGAGCUGAACGACAAAAUGAAAGGAUUUUACCGCAGCAAAUACAGCACGGCCAGCGGGGACACGCGCUACGCCGCCGUCACCCAGUUCGAGGCCACUGAUGCUCGCAGGGCUUUCCCUUGCUGGGACGAGCCUGCAAUUAAAGCAACUUUUGAUAUUUCCUUGGUGGUUCCCAAAGACAGAGUGGCUUUGUCAAAUAUGAACGUGGUGGAGCGGCGGCCGUACCCCGACGAUGAGAGCCUGGUGGAGGUGAAGUUCGCGCGGUCGCCGGUGAUGUCCACGUACCUGGUGGCCUUCGUGGUGGGCGAGUACGACUUCGUGGAGGCGCGGUCGCAGGACGGGGUCCUGGUGAGGGUGUACACGCCCGUGGGCAAGGCCGAGCAGGGAAAGUUCGCCCUCGAGGUUGCUGCUAAAACUCUGCCUUUUUAUAAGGAUUACUUCAAUGUUCCUUACCCUCUUCCUAAAAUUGAUCUCAUAGCUAUUGCAGACUUUGCUGCUGGUGCCAUGGAGAACUGGGGCCUUGUUACUUAUAGGGAGACUGCGUUGCUCAUCGACCCCAAGAAUUCCUGCUCCUCGUCCCGCCAGUGGGUGGCUCUGGUGGUGGGACACGAACUGGCUCACCAGUGGUUUGGGAACCUCGUCACCAUGGAAUGGUGGACACACCUGUGGCUGAACGAGGGCUUUGCCUCGUGGAUCGAGUACCUGUGUGUGGAUCACUGCUUCCCCGAGUACGACAUCUGGACCCAGUUCGUGUCUGCUGACUACACACGAGCCCAGGAGCUCGAUGCCUUAGACAACAGCCACCCCAUCGAGGUCAGUGUGGGCCAUCCCUCCGAGGUGGAUGAAAUAUUCGAUGCCAUUUCCUACAGCAAGGGCGCCUCUGUCAUCCGCAUGCUGCACGACUACAUUGGGGACGAGGAUUUUCGGAAAGGAAUGAAUCUGUACCUGACCAAGUUCCAGCAGAGGAACGCUGCCACAGAGGAUCUCUGGGAAAGCCUGGAAAAAGCCAGUGGCAAACCCAUUGCUGCUGUGAUGAACACGUGGACCAAACAGAUGGGAUUUCCACUCAUUUACGUGGAGGCUGAGCAGCAAGAAGAUGACAAAGUGUUGAAGUUGGUCCAGAAGAAAUUCUGUGCCAGUGGACCAUAUACAGGGGAGGAUUUCCCCAUGUGGAUGGUGCCCAUCAGUAUUUGCACGAGCGAGGACCCCACGUGUGCCAAAAUUCAGAUUCUGAUGGACAAACCCGAGCUCACCGUGGUGUUAAAGGACACCAAACCAGAGCAGUGGGUCAAGCUGAACCUGGGCACGGUGGGGUUUUACCGCACCCAGUACAGCCCGGCCAUGCUGGAGAGCCUCAUCCCGGCCAUCAAGGACCUGUCCCUGCCUCCCGUGGACAGGCUGGGGCUGCAGAACGACCUCUUCUCCCUGGCCCGAGCCGGGAUCAUCGGCACCGUGGAGGUGCUGAAGGUGAUGGAAGCGUUCGUGAACGAGCCCAACUACACCGUGUGGAGCGACCUGAGCUGCAACCUGGGCAUCCUGGGCACGCUCCUGUCGCACACGGAUUUCCACGACGACAUCCAGGCCUUCGUCAGAGACGUCUUCUCGCCCAUCGGGGACAGGCUGGGCUGGGACCCCAAACCUGGAGAGGGCCACCUGGAUGCCCUGCUGAGGGGCCUGGUCCUGGGCAGGCUGGGCAAGGCCGGGCACAAGGCGACGCUGGAGGAGGCGCGGCGCCGCUUCAAGGAGCACGUGGAGGGCAAGCACGUCCUGUCCGCUGACCUGAGGAGUCCUGUCUACGUGACCGUGCUGAAGCACGGGGACAGCUCCACUCUGGACACCAUGCUCAAGCUGCACAAGCAGGCCGACAUGCAGGAGGAGAAGAACCGGAUCGAGCGCGUCCUCGGCGCCAUCUCGCAGCCAGAACUGAUCCAAAAAGUUCUCACCUUUGCACUUUCAGAAGAGGUACGUCCCCAGGACACGGUGUCAGUGAUUGGAGGAGUGGCUGGAGGCAGCAAGCAGGGCAGGAAAGCUGCCUGGAAAUUCCUAAGGGACAACUGGGAGGAGCUUUAUAAUCGAUACCAAGGUGGAUUUUUAAUAUCCAGAUUAAUUAAGCUCACAGUGGAUGGAUUUGCAAAUGAUAAAAUGGCUGCAGAAGUGAAGGGGUUCUUCGAGAGCCACCCGGCCCCGUCUGCGGAGCGCACGGUGCAGCAGUGCUGCGAGAACAUCCUGCUGAACGCGGCGUGGCUGCGGCGCGACGCCGACAGCGUGCAGCACUUCCUGCAGCAGCGCCGGGCACCGCCGGGCCCGCUCUGAGCCGGGACCGCACCGGCACCGGCACCGGCACCGGCACCGGGACCGGCGCCGGCACCGGCACCCGGACGAGCCCCCGCCGCUGAGCCACCGCCAGCCGGGACUGCCCUUCGGCUCUUCUCCCCUUUAGUUCCUUUUCUUUUUUUCUUUUUCCCUUUUUUUUCUUUUUUUUUUUUUUCCCCUUUUUUCUUUUUUUUUUC